AUGCAACUUCGUUUAGAUACCUUAUUCAAUCAGCAAAAAGAAACUGGCCAACAGCAAGAAAAGCUACUACAAUUUCGUUGGGAACAACUGGAAAAAGCACUAAAAACCAAUAAGGAGAGCUUAACCCAACAACAAAAAGAACAAGAAAAUUUACUAAAAACCCACUUGGAUUCAUUAAGCAAACAACAAAAAUCUAGUAGUGAAAGCCAAGAAAAAUUACUCCAAUUGCGAUUAGAUUCUUUCGGGCAAGAACUAAAAUCAAGUAAGGAAGCUUUAAGCCAAAUUAAUAAUCUCUUACUUACCCCUUUUAAACGGGGACGGCUGGGCAAUAUUCAACUCGAUCGUUUGCUAUCGCUUUAUUUGCCCAAAGACGAUAGAAUUUAUCGCUUAGAGUAUACUCUAAAAAAGAAAACCGCCAAAGGGGAAGGUUUGCGACCUGAUGCGGUUAUUUUUGGGAUUGAGAAGAAAAACAACUUAGCCAUUGACAGCAAAUUUCCUUUUGAAAAUUACCUCUCGGCUGGACAAGAAGGAAUUUCUCCCACCGAAGAGGAAGAGAGAACUAAAAAGUUCAAGGAAAACCUAAAAACCCAUAUUAAAAAAAUCGCUGAGUAUAUUUCGCCGCUGGACCACACUAAGCACGUUAUCAUGUUUAUUCCUAGUGAGGUAGUUUUUGCUAAGAUUAACGAACAAAGUUAUUACGAUAUAAUUGAAUUUGCUCUAACUAAGAAAGUCUCUUUAUUAACAAAAUCAAACAAAGCCUUGCAAGAAUUUAACAUUAGUGUUGAGAAGAUAACUAAACACGGAGAAAGUAUCAAAAAAAUAGAGACCACCCCCCAAUUAACCAAUGAAAGCACUUUUUCUCCCUCGGUUUUACGAGAGAAAGAAGAAAACACUGCGAAAACACAGCCUUUAAAUGCUUGGGAAGAAAGAAUUCGCCGAGUAGAAGCCGGAGAAGGUUAUUUUCUUUGUGGAAAAAAUUUACGGCAAGAAGUUCGGAAAUUAGUGGGGGCGACUACUGGCCUUCGUUGCUGUUUAAACUGCGAAGAAAAACUCCGGAAAGUUGAAAGCAAUAGAUAUAAACCUCCUUUUGAUAUUCCAUUAUCAGUAGCCAAAUAUUUUUACGAGAAGGGUAUCGAUGAUACUGCUAUUAUACAAAGUGGCGGGCCAGUGCUGGAAGGGAUAUUUUACGCUAUGAAAGAAUGCCGACAAAAAUAUGGUGAUUAUCAAAAAUUAUUUAUACAAAUUCCUUCUUUGACUAACGAGAAAUUGGUGGAAAAAACUAAAACCAAGCCGUGGGAAUUAGCUCGUC